AUGUGUAGCUGCCAAAUUGUAUAUACAAGGCCUACUUUAGAGAAUACAAUCUCCUACAAACAAUAUGAAAAGACUUAUCCUCGGAUGAAGGGGUUCCCUCUAACGCAACAAAGCGAACUGCCGGUUUUAUACGGCGGAGGCCGCAACUUCUACUUUGGCCUGCUUCCUACCAACGACACUCAACCCUUUGAAGACGCAGACCUGUUUGUUUUAGAUUCCUGCAUUGUAAUAUGGCUACAAGCGUGGGACCGAGGCCUUCAAAUUCCAUAUCAAGGGCUUGUGUAUCAUGCUGUCAGGAAAGUAGAUACUCAACAGAUACCUGAAACAAGCACUCUAGAGCUGAUCAUAACGGUAGAACGUGAUGACGUGCUGAACCAAUUCUUCCCUGUCCAAACAACCGCCGCUGCUUAUGCAAUGUCAACUGUGGAACUGGUCUUAAGACCAAAAUACGGAAACCAUGAUAGGCAUUACAACGUGGACGUCGAAACCCUGUUCACUUUCCGCGAUUUCGGUUUAAACCGCGGCAAUGCCAUGGUCCUAAAUAGCAACAAGGCCAUCGCAACUUGCAUGGAUCUCCACGAAUCCGCUUCGUCCACAGAAGAGGAUGCAUGUCAAUCACAAAACACGUACACGCAAGAUGAAAACGACCCUAACCUUAAUCCCAACAAUACCUACAUGCCAUUCACUACCGUCCUUAACGACAUAGCCAGCGCACACCAUCUUGCUAGCACUACGCCCUUUCGCGACAUCACAACGGAACAAUCAACGGCAGGCGUCUCACUACAGUUUUAUGCUGAUUUGCCGCUGGCAGGAACGAAGCAGCCACGGCCCACUUGCGACGAUAACGUCCAAGGAAAGAGACAUAAGGACCUCUAA